CGCACGCACACACAUACAUACAUACACACACACACACACACACACACAGCAAAAGGCAGUUGAUGGGGGAAGCUUUUUAUUUUUAUUUUUAAAGGGACAGAGCCGAAUUGCAGCGGAGCCACAAACGGAUUCUUUUUGUCGUCAUUCUGUAGCUGUCGGGAACUUUAAACGGAACCGGGAGGAUGUUUCGGAGUGCAGUGUGGGAAUAAAAACAUCUUAAUUCAGGAAGGAAUUAAAAAAGAAAAAAAAAAGAAAAGGCUCUAGUCAAUUCUCUUCUCUCAGCUGCACUAGCGUUAGCUUUAGCAUUAGCGUUAGCAUUAGCGCAUUAGCGUUAGCAUUAGCACCCCCUCUUCAUCUUGGCCCUGGUUUUGAGACAUUUCUGUGGUUCCUAGUUUUUUUAAAUCGACUGACAAAACCGGCGGCUUGUUUCGGGUCAUGUUAUGCAGAGCUACAUGUCUCUCAGCAACGGGAUAAUAACACGUAAUCAUGCAAAUCAUACUGGAACUGACGUCUUGGCCAAGCGUGUGAUAGGAUUUUUCAGUAUAAACUGAUCAGCCUGAAAGAAAAUGAGAAUUCUCUACUUCUGGAAGGAGCAGUCUCGUGACCUGGAGUGUCAUCUUUUGCUCUGCUGAAUGAGCGUGCUGCACAGCGGCCUGCAGUGCGCUUGCACUGUAAUCAUGUGUUUUUUACUCUAAGGUGCUUUUUGUUUCGCAUAUGUAGCCCAUGAACUUCAUCACAACUCUCAUGGCUCUGAUUGGUCAGAGACCGACAUGGGAAUCCCCAUCUGCAUUUAGUAGCAGCGCGAUGAGGCUCAUCAGAGGCGUGGUCCCGCUGUGAGCCUGCCUCGCGUGCACUUAGCCUCGGACGCAUUUCGCCACAGCCAGUUUCUUUAGUGGAACGUUGUAGCGCUCUGUCCUCCCGUUUCCGAGAGACACGAUGACAAGUAGUGUUGGGACAGUGAAGAACGUGUGAUCUCUCCAGCGGAGUCAAGCGCUAACCCAGAAAAAUGAAUGGAGGAAAGGAGAGUGAGAGAGGGGAGGGGGAGGGGCAUCCUAUGCCUACCCAGGUGCCCAUUGGCUGGCAGCGAAAGUUGGAGUCCUCUGGGGUCAUCUAUAUCAGUCCUAGUGGAUCAGUGCUGUCCAGCCUUGAACAGGUGAAGUCCUACCUACUCACAGAUGGCACCUGUAAGUGUGGCCUGGAGUGUCCACUCAUCCUCCCCAAGGUGUUUAAUUUCGAUCCUGGGGCCACUGUCAAACAGAGGACUGCAGAGGAUGUGAAGGCUGAUGAGGACGUCACAAAGCUUUGCAUCCACAAGAGAAAGCUCAUAGCUGUAGCCACUCUGCAUAAAAGUAUGGAGUUACCACACCCUUCCCUAACACUGACUGGUCCCAGUGGAGGCCCAAGUGCUGUGAAGUCCAUGGCCCCUACCAUCCAGCGGUCUGCAACCCCUCGAGCAAUAAGGAAUAAGCCCCACGAUGGGCUGCCCAACUCAACACUACCUGACUGUAAAAACCCUUUCAAGAUGAUGAUGGCAGCAGGUCAGCGACACUACAAUGCAGACAUGAGCAGUGCACAGCAGCCAGAGCAUUAUUCUGGAUACCCUCGACAAAGAUUGGGCAGUAAUGAGCCAGGGCCAAAGUCCCCCUACCGCAGUGGACCUGGAGGCAUGCUGAGCCCUUCGUCAGGUUUGCAGGUGUAUGGGGAUGGCUCGUUGUCCCCUAGAACAGACUCUUUGGGUAGUCCGGAUGGAUUUGCACGAAGCAAUCCAUGUGGCUUUCAGGCGGCUGGCAGUCCCAGCCCAAUUCAUGGCAACAGGACACCCAUGUCCCCUCCUGGUGUUAUGAUCCAUGUUUCACCUGCUUCUCAGUUGUCCUGUGCCAUGGCUGGAAGGACUAACACACCUCUUUCUCCCCCAGUCCCUAACAAAAGCCCUAUUAUGAAAAAGCCACACUGUAAUGUCAGCUACCCACCUAACAUGGACAUGACCAGAGCAGUAUUUCACCAUAAGGCCCAGUCUGCACCACACCCUGUUCCACCCUCUGUUAUGCCCCCCACAUGUGCGGUUCAGAAAAAACCGAUGACUUCUGAGAAGGACCCUCUGGGAAUUUUAGACCCCAUUCCUAGCAAACCUGUCAUUCAAAGUCCCAUGACAAAUCCCAGUCCAUCCAACUUCCAGCCCAAUGCCCACACUCAGGUACCAAUGAUGAAUGUAAACAUCCCUCCUGCCAUUGUCCCGUUGCCAAGCAAUCUUCCAUUGCCAACGGUGAAGCCUGGGCCAGUUGGUCAUGGUGGACACAUGCAGAGGACUCAGCAUGGAACAGUCACCUCCAUCUCCCCCUCACCAGUAACGUCUCCUGUGCACAUGUCUGGGCCUGCACUGGGCCGCAUGGAAGCAUCUCCACAGCGAUCCCGUUCCUCUUCCACCUCAUCAGAGCAUGGGAGCUUUGUCAUGCCCUCAGGGCCUCAGAUCCCAUGUGGCAGCAUUAAGGUUCCACCACGCUCACCCAGAUCCUCCAUGAGUUCACCUAGACCCACCAUGCCCUCCAGCCCCUCUUCCAAGCCUGACACACUCCAUCAGUACAAAGACCCAAACCAAGUUCUGUCGGGAAUGAAUAAUGUGAUCAGCAGUCAGCACAACUCCAUGUUUCCCCCAGCCUCAGGCAGUAGUGCCCCCCAGAAGAACCACCCUGGACUACUGGGCAUGCCCCUCAACCAGAUUCUAAACCAACACAACUCUGCCUCUUUCCCUGCCAGUAGUCUACUCUCAGCAGCAGCCAAAGCACAGCUAGCAAAUCAAAACAAACUUGGUGGUAGCAGUGGUGGGAUAGGUGGCAGUGGUGCUGGUAUGAGUGUUGGCACAGGAAUGGGUGCAGGAGCUAGUGGCAUGGGGAAUGGAAGCGCUGGUCUUCCCAGUGGUAGUAAUAAUGGAAAUGGUGGCAGUGUGAUGCCUUGCCCUCUUGGUGGUGGAAAUAGCGGUAGCAGGGGUGUUGAAGGGCCCAACACUUUAAAUCCUAUGUUGCCACCCAGCUCAACCAUUUUAAUGCCCAUGCCUGAGGGUCAGAGUGGACGUGCAGCUCUACGGGACAAGCUAAUGGCUCAGCAGCGUGACCCUCUUCGCAAGCGCAAGCAACAUCCUAAUUCUAGCAGCCAUGACAACAUGAGCUUUGGAAUGAUGAAACCGGACAUGAGUGGUCCCAGGACGACUUGCCCUCCUCCGGAGCAAAUGAGGAAAGUGUCCCGGCUCGGAGGUCUACCUCCUAACACCUCCAUGGCGCAGUUACUCCAGUCGAUGAGCAACCAGAGCUCCCACAUGGCCAGGAGUAGUCGGCCGUUACCUGUAGUUGGCCCUGGUCAGAUGCACUUUGGAGAGGGUGCUAUGCCCCCUGGCAUGACGCAACAGAGCAUGCAGUUACAACAAAGGCUUCACAGUCAACCAGACCCAAUUCUUUGUUCGAGUAGGGAGCCUGGUGCACAAGGGCCUCAGACUCCGUUCCCUGGGAUGAUGAACCAGAUGCAAGCCACGGCUAUGGGGAACUGUGGACCGUUGGGCCAGAGUGGACAGGUUCCUCUAGGACAUCCUUCUAUGGGACACCCAAGCACUCACCCACAGCAACUGUCUCAUGUACAUCAACAGCAACAAGGCAUUCCUCAUGGACACAUCCGUCCGAAUAUUUCCUGUAUGGUACCCAACAGCAAUGAUGCUAGUUGUGCCCAAGCCAUGUCUGACACCGGUAAUGCGUCGUCGCUGAACUGCAGUAUAGGUAAUCCUCAGAUUGGCAGCAUCAUGAGCAACGCGGGACACAUGUACCAGCAGCACCAACUGCAUCCAGCACUCCAGAGCAUGCAUAGAGUCUCCCCCUUCCAGACCCAGGGGCAUGCUUAUUCUGAAACAUCGUUUCCUGAGAAUAAUGCUUCUAACAGCAUGGGCUGUCUGUACCAGGACUACCAGGUAUGCAUGCCAGACGGCACCCCGAUCUCCCAUACGCAGAUGAGCUCACAGCCUGGUGUGACAUCACUUCCUGCCGAGCCAGGAAUGUUCCAGGAAGGUCAGCAAGAGCUCCGGGGGCAGAACGAGGUCACAUUGGCUGCAGGUGCUGGAGCACAGGGUUCAGAGCAAUUGGCAGGUGCUGGCACGGAGGUGGUGGAUGCCCUGUACCGGACAGCAGUGGACACAGCUAGUAAAGGCAUGCAAGUGGGUAUCACCACGACAACAGCGGGCAGCAGUGGGAAACAGGCCAGCCCUGUGCCUGCUCUCAGAGCCAUGACCGCCUUCACCGCCUCCAUCGGAGAGCCACAUGGCUUGCCGCAUGCAGUCAAUGCCAUCAUCCAUGGGCCACGCGGGCACGAAGCCACAGACGUGCUGGUGCAGCCCUGUGCUAGGCCUCCUCUCCCUCCUCGUAACGACCGUGCACGCAGGAGCUCAGAGCAGGGCAAGUGCACGCCUGACAGCACGGACACACACGUCUACUUCCGCUCGCCCGGGCAGCAGUGGGAAGAGCCUGGACACGCUCACUGGAGAGGGGACGAGUUUCUGGAAUGUUCGGCACAGGUGCGGAGCAGCCCAUGCAGCGACGGAGAGAGAGCAGUGAGUGGCACCGAUACAAACCCACAGUGCCACGAGUCGUCUGAGCCAGCAGGUGAUGGAAAUCCUGGAAACUUCCGGUACAACCAGCUUCCACUCCACGUUAAUUUCAAAGAGCGGCUGGAGCAGACGGUGGAGCGUUGCGCUCACUUAAACGGCGGUCCGCCUCUGUGUGUGAGAGGCAGCUAUAACGAACAGCUUACAGGUGACGACCAGUCCCCCAGCUCCUCCACCAGCUUGGAGGGACCGCUGCUGAAGGACUACGGCCACUUUAACGGGCACUUUAACGGGCACUGUGCACCCAGCCCCUCAGACACCAAGAGCCUAAGCAGUGAGGAGGAACUGCGCCACCCAGAUUCGCCCUCUGCCGACCUUCUGCACUACCGGCCAAGAGGCUUCAACGAACUUGUCUGGCCUAUUAAAGGUUUCCCUCCUUGGCCUAACAAACUAGUAGGGGAGGAGCAUGGCCACAAUCCCAGCAUGCAACUGUCUGACCAGGCUAAGGUGGAGCCUGAGAAGCUGAAAACACUAACCCAGGACCUGGAGGCACUGAACAGAGCUGCCAAGAGGAACAGAAUAGCUGGGAAAUUAAAUAAUCAUUUAGAAGCUGCUAUCCAGGAAGCCAUGAGUGAGCUGGACAAGAUGUCAGGCACUGUCCAUCCAAUGUCCUCAAGAGAGCGGGAGCGGCAGAUGAAACUGCCCAAACCCAAAAGGAGGAAGAUCUCCAGAUAACAGAGAGAGAAGCGACCAGAACAGAAUCCAGCCUCACAGAAUCCAAACACACUCAUGUGUUCUCUCUCUCUCUCUCUCUCUCUCUCUCUCUUUCAGUCUCUCUGUUAAACUCAGAUCUGGUGCUAUAUCCUAGCAGAUGGCUCAUCGAGGCCCCGCCCUCACAAAGUGACUGACAGGUGCUGGAUAAAGCCAAUCAGAAAUGGUGGCGAUUUGACUACAAACUCACUGAAGAACUAUUUUUUUCUAGAAUACAAAGAAAAUAUGGAGAAAAAAAAAGAAGAAAAAAAAAGUUACUGCAUUUAAGAGAAUAGACAGUCCAAAUAUUUCUGAUACAUUUUCAAUGUGUAUAUAGACAAUACAGAAAUUUCAUGGUGAAAUCUUGGGAAGAAAUGUAAAUAUUGUACGAUAACGCCAUGUACAAGCAGACGACGCAUACUUUAUCUUCAGUUGUACAAAAAAAAUGAAAUCAAAGCAGAAAACGUCUACCGACGUCUCGGCCCAUACGGCCACGUGUGAAUAGGACGAAAUAGAGUCAGUCGGACGAUUUUAUGUGUUUCUUUUGGAGUGUGUGUGUGUACGUGUGUGUGGCUAUAACUGGCAGAAAUGGAGAUAACCUUAAACAAUGUCAUACACUCAUGAGAGUGUAACAGUGUGGCUGUUCACUGCUCUUUGUGUGUGUGUGUGUGUGUGUGCGUGUGUGUAGACGAGUGGACUUCACCAGGUGAAGAGGACCUGCUCGGUUGCAGGGCCGACAAAAGUGUUUGGACCUCUGUAACUUGAUCUUGUACCGCUGAACACUACUAGAACAAGCUUCUGAUCCUGGCCAUAUUUAUCGUUUAUUUCUCUCAUGAGAUUGGAAAUAUUCGUACCACAGGCUAUCGAUCCAAAAAAAUAAAAAAUACAAGCGUAUUAAUGAACCACCGAACCUCCAGGUCGAUUAGAAUUAUCACAUGACGUAUUCGAAUGUGACCGUCGUCGAGGUCUUGGGGUAAUUUUACAGUUUUGGGGCCUUAUUUUUAUUUGAUUUGAUUUUAUUUGUUUUUAUAAAUUAUUUCUGUACAGUAUUCUGUAUUUAUUUUAGCUGUUCUUGGCAAUAAUGCAACCCUGAGCGAACGCUCUGUAAAGCCUUACAUGUGUAUGUAUAAAGCUUCUAUCUAUAAUGUAUCACUCUUACUCGAGAGUUCCAGCCUUCGUAUUCAGUAUUAUCUCUUUAACAGAUUAACGGAUCUAUUUUUUUUCACCCCUCGCAGUGUCAUAGCUUGUUGUAUAUUGGUGUUACUGUUACUCUUUUUCCGUUGCAGCAGUGUGUAGGACGGCGUGAUGAACCUCGCCGAACUCCGGGCGAGUUGUCGAUUGUUCAGAUUUCACUUCUUCGAAAAGGUGGUCAUGUUUUUAUUAUUAUUAUUAUUAUUAUUAUUAUUAUUAUUGAUGUAGUACACAGUGUUAUUUUUUAUCUGUGUAAUAUUAUAUCUGACCACCGGAGGUCAGACUGUAAGAGAUUACAGAGUAGAAGGAAAGAAGCGCUGGUACAAGUUUCACGCUUGUACCAUGGCACGUCAAUGGAGAUUCGUUAGCACAGAAAGACACGGCUGACCUCAAACCAGUGCUCGCUGUCAGACUGUGAAAGAGAAAAUGUACAGAGAGGUGGAACACUACGGUCUUAUUCAAAACACUAAGGAGGACCUGAGCAUGAUUGGAUUCCUCAGUAACUCCUCUUUAUACUGACCUGAAAACCAUCCGAAUCCCACCGUUACUCUCUCCGCUGUCGAUAAGAAAGAAACGAUGCCCACCGAUCGGGAGCGUCUGUGAGAUUACGUAUGAGGAAAAGGUGGCACGUUCUUCCUGUAGUAAGAAGUAAAGCCUCCUGAUUAUAGCCAAGAAAAUAGAGUAUAAUGAUUAAAAUCGCACACCAACAUCCAACCUGUCAGUACAAUGAGGCAUAUUGUGUGUGUGUGUGUGUGUUGGGUUGUGGCUUUAGAAAAAGCUGACUACAUUUUAAGAUGAUGUAAAAGUAUACCUCGUGUCGGAAGGUUAAAAAAAGGAUUUGUGGAAAAACGUUUCUACGACUUCGAUAUCUAACCUCGUCAUCCUUCUCCUACAUGGAAUAACGAACAGAUCAGAUGCCGACGUGUCGAUAGCGACUAGCAAAACUGUUUAGUGUUUCGUAAGCGUGUAUGUGAGGGAGUGCGUUUCACAUCCGGAAAUCCCAUUCCCACCAUUUAGUAUCUGCCGUUAUUGUUUUUUAUCUUUAUAGGAAAGACACUACUAAGAGUUCUGAGUGCAAUAUAACAGAAUAUGGAUCUGAUCUGAAAGCAGCCAUGUCGUUUCAUCUGAAUGAAUGUCCUGAACACUUUUCCUUAACUUUCUCCUCAACGUCUGUUUCGGUCACAAAGUGUCCCCAGUUUAAUCAUCACGUAGAUGAUUAACUUGUGUUUAUUUUCCCCCUCGUGCUGACGUCUGCACUGUUGGUGUCCCCGAGGUCCUGGUGAAGUCCACUCCGAGCACAGAACACAGCUCUGUCCUUUUCACUCAGUGUCUCAAGGUUUUGUGUUCAGAUUCUCAGUGUUGUCCAUAGCUUUCUGCUUUAUUGUCUGUGUUCACUCACUUUCCUUUCCUGAGUUGUCUUUUCUUUCUUUAUUUCAUCUCUUUGCUUGCUCUGUAUCUGACCAGUAUGACCAAUCGUCGCUUGUCAGCGUCGGAGGGUUUUUUCUCUCUCCCCACCCCCCGAGCCGACGUGUACCCGAGUAUAUAUUUUCUCUAUGAUAUAUAUAUACUUUACAGACGUUGACUUUGCAAAGUAUGUUGUGCACUUGAUUUAAUUUGUUUCAGCUAGCUAUGAUGCUGAGGUUAGGAAUAGUUUGUUGAAGUCUAUUAUUUCUUAUUGCUCUUUUUUUUUCUUCUUCUUUCAUUUGUGUUUUUUUUUUUGUUUGUUUGUUUUUUUUUUUUAGAUUUUUAUUGGUUGUCCUGAACAGCAGUUUUGUAAAUAUUGUGAACAUUACAGGUCAUACUGUGAUGUAACAUUGAAAUAAUGUUGCACCGAUGUUUCAAUUAAAAACUGAUCACUCAUACUUGA